GAAUAUAAUUCAAUUUCACUCCACACUUCAUUUUCUAUGCAUGUACAGUAAGGUGCGACGGGCCACGUUCUUAUUGAAGCCCAGUCUAUAAUUAAGAGCUUGGAUCAGACGGAGAAAUGUCUCAAAAGGCCACCCUCAAGACCACGUUCGACCGCACCCAGGUCAUCCAGCCCUUCUAUACCGGGGCGGGUGUUGCGCUGAGCCAGGAUGGCCGAGUCCUUGCGACUUGCGUUGGGGAGGAUGUCCUGCUCACCGAUAUGCGAUCCGGGCAAGUUCUAUCACGGAUAGAAGGCGAUGGUGAAAUAGUUACGAGUCUCUCCUUAACCCCCUCCGCAAGCCAUGUCAUCGCCUGUUCCCGCUCCUUGUCGAUGCGGAUAUACGCGAUCGAUGCGCCAUCAGAAGAUGCGACGGUCGAAGCAACCUUGCUCCGCACAUUGAAGCCGCACUCGGCUCCGGUCAUCGUCUGCGCUGUAGAUAAGACCGGUACACUCCUUGCAACGGGGGGCGCAGAUGGCGUCGUCAAAGUUUGGGACAUCCGCGGCGGGUAUGUCACGCACACUUUUCACGGGCACAGCGGGAUCAUAUCUGCGUUAUUGUUCUUCGAGGUGGACCCGUCGACGCAUCCCGAAACUAGCAAGAAUACUGCCGGCCGGAAGCGGAAAGCGAACAGAAAUGAAGUUGAGCAGGCCGAGGAGAACAACACCGCGGGCUUUCGACUGGCCUCGGGCGGUGAGGACGGAAAGGUGCGCGUAUGGAAUCUCCUCAAGCGGUCCACCGUCGCCAUCCUGGAUUCCCAUGUCUCGGUAGUCCGAGGGCUUGACUACUGCCCCGAGGAAAAUGCUUUAGUUUCCGCCAGUCGCGACCAGACAGCCAUAAUUUGGGAUACUCAGACGUGGAAGACCAGAAACACCAUACCAGUGCUCGAAGCCGUCGAAAGCUGUGGCUUUUUGCAGGGCGGGUCUGUGAUCUUUACGGCGGGCGAGAGAGGCUGCGUCCGAUUAUGGUCGGCGACGAAAGGAGAAGAAGUCACCGCCGAGCAGGACGAAGGUACAGAGACGGAAGCCAUCCUCUCGGUCCUUUCGUCUGACCAGCUUCCCUUCCUCCUAUCCGUCCAUGCGGAUCAGACUUUGGUGAUGCACUCCUUAAGUCCGCUUACCGAAGACGGCUUAAAACUGCCCAUACCUCCAUUACCUAUAUUGCGCCGCAUAUCCGGAACACAUGACGAGGUCAUUGAUCUUGCGCUCAUAGGUCAACAUGGAAAGUAUCUAGCACUGGCCACAAACACCGAAGAGGUUCGCAUCGUUUCCCUUGAAAGUCGGCAGGAUACAGAGUCCUCAAAUGACUCGUUCACUGGGGCAUACUUUGGUUCGGAUAUUGCACAGCUGAAGGCCCACGAGGACAUUGUCAUUACAAUCGAUGUUGAUCCAUCAGGACAUUGGCUUGCCACCGGUUCGAAGGAUAACACGGCCAGAAUAUGGAGGAUGGAUCCAGAGAACAACUCCUAUGGCUGCCACGCUGUGUUCACUGGGCACGCCGGUGCUUUGGGUGGUAUAGCAAUGUCGCAUUCCGAUCCCGAAACCGACGAUCCUUUGUCCCGACCGCCACGCUGGUUGGUGACUGGCAGCCAGGACCGAACAGUCAAACGGUGGGAAGUCCCUCCUUACGUGCCCGGCAGAACGAAUACGCCAGGGAAGGCUAAGUACACACGGAAGGCACAUGACAAGGAGAUCAACGCUCUCGACGCCUCAUACCACCCCCGGGACCCCGUCUUCGCUUCCGCAUCGCAGGACAAGACGGUGAAGAUUUGGGAUGUCGAGAGCGGUGAAACCCUCGGUGUCCUGCGCGGGCACUCGCGCGGUGUGUGGGCAGUGCGGUUCAGCCCCCUGGAUCCUUCGAUAUCCAUCCAAGGCGCGCAGCACCAGGGGACUGCGAAAGGGAAGGGAUGGGUGGCCACCGGCGGUGGAGACCGGACCGUACGGAUUUGGAGUUUGGUCGACUAUAGCUGCGUCGCGACGCUCGAAGGGCACUCGAACAGUGUGUUGAAGGUGGUGUGGCUGCCAUCGCCCUCGAUGGCCGUAGAUUCGUCCGCGAACAAUGACGACGAGAUGGACGUAGACGGCGGAUCCGCCAAACCGCAGAAAUCCACCGACAAACGAACACUCGUAGCGUCAGCGGCCGCGGAUGGCCUUGUCAAGGUCUGGGACCUCUCGAUCGGCGAAUGCGCCACCACGUUGGACGGCCACGAGGACCGCGUCUGGGGCCUGGCCGUGAUCGAUCCCGCCAAGAACGCGGGGACAUACUCCGAGUAUAAUCCGCUCUUCUCCACGCGCACGCUGAUCUCCGGUGGCGCUGACGCAGUGCUCAAUUUCUGGAGCGAUACGUCGGCGUCCACGGCGUCCGCCGCUGCGGAGCGCGAGGAGCGGAUCAUCGAGGAAGAUCAGGAGUUGUCGAACCUGCGGUAUGCCGGGAAGUUGCGCGAGGCCGUCGGGUUAGCUAUUGCCAUGGAACGACCCAGCACGCUGUUGAGCCUGUUCACCGAGGUUCUGCAAAAGAGCGCCGAAGCACACAAUCCACACGAAGACGGUGAAACCAUGGAUGUCGACGUCAGUUCGACCACCGUCUCCCACCACCAGCGUCGACGAGUCCGAAAGAUCGGCACCGACACCGACAACGAAACCCUCAACGCCAUCGUAAACGCCCUCAGCGACUCGCAAAUCUUCGCUCUCCUCCUCUGGCUCCGCGACUGGAACGCCAGCGCCAAGAACUCCGGCACCGCGCAGCGGGUGCUCUAUGCGAUCGUGCGCAACGUGCCAGCGGAGCGGAUGGCGAAGCUGCAUGGAGGGACGGUCACGGACGGGGGGCCGGAGGGGAAGCGGUUCCGGAAGGGGAAGGCGGAGUUGAAGGACGUGGUUGCGGCGCUGGCGGCGUAUACGGAGCGGCAUAUACAGAGGGUGGAUGAGUUGCAGGAGGAGAGCUAUUUGGUAGAUUUCACGUUGGGGGAGAUGGAUGACGUUGGGGGGGGUUGAUGGCGGGAUAGAGUGCUACUUGUAUAAAGCUCUGAGUGAGGAACUAAUCGAAGCCUACUGGUC